UAGACCGCCUCCACUUCCGUCCUCCGGUCAGCCGGGAGCCCUUGACGACCACCAUCGAGCUGGUCUAGGUGGGUCGGGAGUCAAGUGGUAUCUCCGGUACCUGGAGCAGGGGAAGAAGCCGAGCGUAGCCCGCGCAAUGGCGGAAGUAAGACAAGAGGUGGAGAAAGAGGCACAAGAGAGUGGUAAGACGGCUGCAACCGCUGGUAUGCAGCAGAGAGGUGAACUACCCGCGCCUGCUGAAAAGCAGAGAAGCGGGCAACAGCAUCAGAGACCCGCGCCUGCUGAAAAGCAGAGAAGCGGGCAACAGCAGCAGAGACCCGCGCCCGCCAAAUGGCGGAGAAGCGGGGAACCUACAGGUACCACAACAGGCUCAACAACAGCUACUCCAAAACGCACCAGCCUACAGGUCACACCACCUGAGCCACCGUCCCCCAAACGGAGUCGACAGAGCUCUUGGGAAACAUAACGUUCAGCCAACCAUCCGAAGAUGGAUAGCAAGGUUACUUCAGACCAGGAUUGCCGAAACUGAAGUCGGUGACAGCGUCGUUCAAAUACAAACGACGAAAGGGUGCCCACAAGGGGGGGUAUUAUCUCCUCUACUGUGGAGCUUAGUUGUGGACGAACUCCUACAGAUACUUACGCUGC